CCUGGAUGUAGUACUCGCAAGUUGGCUCAAAGACCGAUAGGCUGGGGGAUUCUGGGCAUCAUUACCUGCGCGGAGGCAAGAUUUCCCUGGGGAGAAUCUUUGCUCAAAGCUUUGCUGACAGCAAGGAUGGCGAGCAAGGGGCCCUCAGCUUCUGCAUCCCCUGAGAACUCCAGUGCAGGGGGUCCCAGUGGGACCAGCAAUGGUGCUGGCGAGAGUGGAGGGCAGGACAGCACCUUCGAGUGCAACAUCUGCUUGGACACAGCCAAGGAUGCCGUCAUCAGCCUGUGUGGCCACCUCUUCUGUUGGCCGUGUUUACAUCAGUGGUUGGAGACCAGACCUAACAGACAGGUGUGUCCAGUUUGCAAAGCCGGCAUCAGUCGAGACAAAGUCAUCCCACUCUAUGGCAGGGGCAGCACUGGACAGCAGGACCCCAGAGAGAAGACCCCGCCACGUCCUCAAGGACAGAGGCCAGAGCCGGAGAAUAGAGGGGGAUUUCAAGGAUUUGGAUUUGGAGAUGGUGGCUUUCAGAUGUCUUUUGGAAUUGGGGCAUUUCCCUUUGGGAUAUUUGCCACAGCAUUUAACAUAAACGAUGGGCGGCCUCCUCCAGCUGUUCCUGGGACACCCCAGUAUGUGGACGAACAGUUCUUGUCACGCCUCUUCCUGUUUGUGGCCCUGGUGAUCAUGUUCUGGCUCCUUAUUGCCUAAUCCUGGGUCUCUGCCUGCACCUAUGGCAGGGCCUCUAGACUGGUGACAUGCCACCCCCACUCCUGGUGUUUGGCUUCCUGGAUAAUCCUGACCUCUGGAACGAGUGGGAUCAAUAAUACAUCAAGGAGUCUUCUCCAUCAGAGCUUUGGAACUCAAGACCAGAUGACAAGGACCCCAUUGUCAACCACUGCUGUAAACACCCUACUGUAACUUCAAGCCUUGGCAUUGAGUCCUCUCUCAUGGAUGACGGCAUGAAAUCUUAUUGUAGCCAGCUCGGCAGGCAACUCUGCACGCAGCUCUGCACAGGGAAGAGAUGGAAAUAGAGAAACUGCCAGAGUACAAUUUCAUCUGAGUUUAAUAGUACAAAAACAAAAAGAUGAGCCAAAUGGUAUUUGGAAACUUUCUUUCAUCUCUUUUAAUACCCCUUGAUAAGUUGCCUCCAAAGCCAGUGGGGGCUCCUUAUACAGUGAUGUUCCCCUUCCAAACUCCCCCUCUUUUUCCUCAGCAGAGAUGCAAGAGAUGCAAGAACUUACUAUCCCAUAAAGAUCAUAACUGCAGCCUCUAAAGCUGGAGUCAUAUAAAUUCAACAGAGAACCAAAGAUCCCUUAAUGGCUCUGAGCCAUGCUGCUCAGUGUUUUUGGCCCCAGAGAGCAGCUUGAAUGUCCUCCUAGUUUCCUGGCAUAGAUUAUCCUUGGUAAGACGUGGCUUCACUCUCAGGUUUCCCAUCAGCUUUCCCUAUAAAACUAUGUGCACCUGUGUGUCUCUGCCAGCAAGCAAACCGCCUAGACUACUGCUAAAGCCAGGACUGAGUGCUACACAUUAGGAAAGGUCUGGAGCCAGGACUGAGUGCUACACAUUAGGAAAGGUCUGGAGUCAGGUUUUGGUGGGAUUCAGAGCUCUGAUGCAGGGACUGCAGAGGCUCAAGUGCAUCUUCUCCCAGAACCCACCCAGAGGAAACUGGGGACUUUCUCAGGUCAGCACAGCUGCAUAGUGAAGACCUCCAUCCUCAGAAGCCAAAUUGUCUUUUGUGAAGUGGUAGGGGAAAGGGAGGCCUACUCAUACCCUUGUUUUUGGUAUGACUUGAUGGAUUCCCCUGAAACUCCUUUUACAUGUGCUAAAACCAGGCAUGCAUGGGACUCCCAUACAAACCCCAUAUGAUUUGUAAAACCAUGUAGCAAGCGGCUUAGGGAGUCCCAGCAUAACGGUCCAUGAUCUUCCUUUCUGUGGAAUCCAGAGGAAAUUAUUCGUCCCAAGUCCUUGAUUUGUUUUUCAAUUUUAUAGGCCCCUUUCUCUGAAUCUUAUCAAAGGAGUGUAGUGCCAGGCAGAUAGGACAGUUCAUCUGGUGGAAUGGUUCUUGCUCUGCCUGCCAGUCCUCAUCCAACCUCCUGGAGAUCCUAAAGGUGGGAGGAGAUGACUUCCUCUGAGACACUGGUCCUGGCUAAUCCCCAGCAAUAGCCAACAAAUGUUAAGAAGCCCUCCCUAGUGCUUUUUCCCAGAUAAUGGCUUUGCAUACUUUGCAGCAACAAAGACGUUGAGGAAGAUGAAGGAAACUCUCCUCUCUCUACAACCCCCAUCCUAUUUCCUUUGCACCUAUCUAUACCAGAGUUCAGUGUUUAAACAAAGUAUAAAGUAUUGAAUAGGAGGUUCGUUUGCCGAAUCCACUGAUAGGAAUAAGCCAUCAGCUGUACAGUGUGCCUGAUGGGUUUUAAACAGUCUUGGGCACCCACUCAAGAGUGCUCUUUUUAUCACCUUGUGGAAAUCCCCAAAGUCAGAUUGGCCCCUGGAGUUUCUUUGCCCUAGAGAAAAGUAAUGGGAUUCCCUCAGUACAGUGGCCCCUACUAUUAGAAGAGAGGACUUCACUCAAAUGCGCCCAGCAGAAAUAUGUUUCCAGAAGAAAGAUUAAAGAACUGUGGGUAGGAAGAUGAAUCAUUUGGACUCUGCCACAAAAUGACAUGAGCCCAGGAGAGCUCCACCAACAAAGGCAUCCUUGAAACCUGUUAGCAAAACCAGGAUGGCCAUAUGCCCUUUGAUUUUCAAACCUUUUAGGCCUCCACUAACCUGCGAAUUACUGGGGCAGAAAAGCCGACUUGGGACUGCUGACUUGCGCCCCUGGUCCCACCCCUAGGCAGGUUCACCACAAAUCGCUCUGCCAAGACAACUUUCCUUUCUUUUGUGUGUGUUCUCAGCCUCUACCCUCCUUAUGCCACCCUUGUGGACUUGAACCAGGUCCUGACCACAGUCAGAAAAUAAUAUGUACAAUGGCACACCUUAACUAGUCACUAAUUUUCACUGUUGUGAAAGUGAUUUGAUUUAGGAUUAAACAAAUGGUUUUACAUUA